AUGGCGUCUACGUGGGAUAACAAGCGUUCCGCCCAGGACGGUGAUGAACAAGACCCGGCCGAGCGCAGCCCGCCACCCGUAUGGGGGCAGAGGGGGCGGGGGGCGCCCUUCCCCGCAGAACCCCGCGGAACAACCGCGCAUCGGGGCGGUGGUGGCGCGCCGCACUCCGCCGCCCCGCGCAGCCCCGGCCCGGGCAGCACCGGGAGCGCCGCGGCGCCCCGCGCGCUCCCCCGGGAGCGCAGCUGCUCCCGAGAGGGGUGCCCCCCCGCCAGCCCCACUGAGCUCCCCAGCGCUGAAUUCCCGGCCGGCAGCUCCCGGGAAGGGAAGACGCGCGUUAGCGCGACAACUUUCCUUCUACUCACUAAUUUUGGGGGAAGAAGAGGGAUAAACGCCAACUGGGACUUGGAGAUUGUUUAUUCGUAUUUACAUGGAAUGGAAGCUUUGUCGAAUCUGAGAGAGCAUCAGCUAAGAAUGAUGUGCGAAACUGUUAGAUAUGAAAGGCAUGAAGCGAAUGAAGUUCUGUACUACCCUGAUGAUAUUGGUAGCUGUUGGUAUAUCCUGCUGUCUGGUUCAGUCUUCAUUAAAGAAUCUAUGUUUCUUCCAAGGAGCAGUUUUGGCAAGCGUUCUGCUGGGAGCAUGAGGCGUGGAUGUGAAUGCAUUGUUCUAGAGCCCUCUGAAAUGAUUGUGGUUGAUUAUAUGGAAGAAAGCGAGGCAUAUUUUCAGCGUCAAGCAUCUCACAGGCAGUCUCGAAGAAGGUUUAGGAAAAUCAACCAGAAAGGGGAACGACAAACAAUUAUUGAUACUGUUGACCCUUAUCCUGUGGGGAAGCCACCUCUACCUAGAGGUUACCAUACGGCUACUUCAUUUUUUCGUACAAAGCCCUUGUUUAAAGCAACUUAACUGAAUCGAGUGUGG